AUGGCAGCAGAAGAGAAACAGAAAGGUUGGACUUCAGAAGAGCAUGGUGGGGCUGAAGUGGCUGGUGAGAAGGCAGCAGGUGAGCUGCUGGGCCAGCAGCUGGGCGAGCCGGCAAGAUUUGCUUACGCGGCGCUGUGUGGGAUGGCCCUGGCAUGGCUCUUCCCUGAAGAAGAACAAAGCUCCUUCAGGACAGAAUUCACUGAGGCCUUUGUGAAAUGGCUGAAGCUGCCUGAUGCUGUCUUACCUGCCAUGACAGCAUUUGCUAGUGGCUUAGGAGGUGAAGGCACAGAAACUUUUGCCCAGGUGUUACUGAAGGAUCCCAUCUUGAAAGAAAACCCAUCUGGCAUUACCCAAGACCUUCUGUCCUUCUCUCUUCGAGAUGGGUACUACGAUGCCCGAGCCAGGGUCUUGAUCUGCCACAUCACCUGGAUGCUGAGAAUCCCCUUGGAGGAGCUGGAUGUCCUGGAGGAAUCUCUGCUUGAGAGCCUGAAGGAACAAAAAGAGGAAGAGUCAGAAACUGCAGAAGUCUCAAGAAAAAAGAAGGAAAGAAGAAGGAAGCUGAAGAGAUACCUGCUGAUUGGCUUGGCAAGCGUUGGGGGUGGAACAGUGAUCGGCUUGACAGGGGGUCUGGCUGCCCCUCUGGUUGCUGCAGGAGCUGCUACCAUCAUCGGGAGCGCUGGAGCGGCUGCUCUGGCUUCCACUGCUGGCAUUGCUGUCAUGGCAUCACUUUUUGGAGCAGCUGGAGCUGGCCUGACUGGAUACAAGAUGAAGAAGCGUGUGGGAGCCAUAGAAGAGUUUGAAUUCCUCCCACUGACUGAAGGCAAGCAGCUUCACAUCACCAUAGCAGUUACUGGGUGGCUCUGUGCUGGCAAAUAUGGGAGCUUCACUGCACCGUGGAGCAACAUGCUGCAGUCAAGUGAGCAGUACUGCCUGGCCUGGGAAUCCAAGUACCUGAUGGAGCUUGGCCAUGCCUUAGACACCCUGCUGAAUGGCUUUAUCAACAUGAUGGCUGAAGAAGCUCUCAAAUUAACUGUCUUGUCAGGCAUUGUGACAGCCUUGACUUGGCCAACAUCACUCCUGACUGCUGCCAGUGUCAUUGACAACCCCUGGGGAGUCUGCCUGCACCGCUCCGCUGAGGUGGGCAAACACCUGGCACAGGUCCUGCUCAGUCGACAGCAGGGCAAGAGACCUGUCACACUGGUUGGCUUCAGUCUGGGAGCAAGAGUCAUUUACUUCUGCCUGCAGGAAAUGGCUCAAGAAAAAGACUGUGAAGGGAUCAUUGAAGAUGUGGUCUUACUGGGAGCUCCAGUGGAAGGAGAUGCCAAGCACUGGAAAGCCAUCACCAGAGUGGUGUCAGGCAGGAUCAUAAAUGGCUACUGCAGGGGAGACUGGCUGCUGGGCUUUGUGUACAGAACCUCUUCUGUCAAGAUCAGCGUUGCAGGCCUCCAGCCAGUUGACUUGGAGGACAGGAGGAUGGUGAACAUGGAUCUUUCAUCUGUGGUGAAGGGGCACCUGGACUACAUGAAGCAGAUGGACACCAUCCUGAAAGCUGUGGGCAUUAAAACCAAGGAGUGCUGGCAGGAGGAGAAGGGCAGCAGCAGCCUCUGCAACCCUGCAGCCAAGAAGCCUCAGCAGGCAGCAGGCAGUGAGCCUGAGGAGGAGGAGGAGAGCAAGGAGGCAGAGCAGGAUGGGGCUGGUGGUGAGGCUCUGCCAGCUGCCCAGCAUCCCCCCCAGUGCCCUCGGGGGGAAACCUCAGAGCCCUGUCCCAACAGUGGGGACAGGCAGCAGGUGAAGGAGUGA